AGGUGGAGUGUGACCUUGGAGACGGAGGCCCGUGGCUCGCGUGACCACUGUCGCACUCGCCGCCUCGUCGUCGCUGCAGCAUGAUCUCCCCCGGCGCCGGGUCGGAGGGCGACGCCAAGUCGGAGCGUCGCUUGCUGGAGGAUCUGAUCCUGAAGCACAACCCAUACUACAGCGAGAAGUAUGAGGAGAUGUUCCGCCGGUCCCUGGACGAGCCGGCCGACUUCUGGGAGGAGGUGGGCCGCAGUGUGACAUGGAGUCGGCCGUGGGACCGCGUGCUCGACGACUCACAACAGCCCUUCACGCGGUGGUUCGUCGGCGGGGAGCUGAACGCCUGCUACAACGCAGUGGACAGACACAUCGAGGCAGGCCGCGGUCACAAGGUCGCCCUGAUCCACGACAGCCCUCUGACCAAGACCAUCAGACACGUCACUUACCUCGAGCUGCAAGACAAGGUUUCCCGACUGGCCGGCACAUUGGCGUACUUGGGCGUGAAGAAAGGUGACCGUGUGCUAGUCUAUAUGCCGCUCAUCCCUGAGGCCAUAAUGGCCAUGUUGGCAGCAGUGCGUCUGGGUGCUGUCCACACCGUCGUCUUUGGAGGCUUCGCCGCCAAGGAGCUGUGCACGCGCAUAGAGCACGCGCGGCCCAAGGUAGUCAUCGCGGCCAGCAGCGGAGUGGAGCCCAACAAGGUCGUGCGGUACAAGGACAUCCUGAACCAGGCGCUGGCCAUGACCCAGGCCAAGCCGGAGAGGUGCAUCAUCUUCCAGAGGCACACCGUGGAGACGGCAGAGCUGGACCCGGACAUGGAUCUGCUGUGGGACGUGGCUCUGCGCAUGGCGGCGCCCCACUGCUGCGUGCCGGUGGAGGCCAGCGAGCCGCUCUACAUCCUCUACACGUCCGGCACCACAGGCGAGCCCAAGGGCAUCACGCGGCCCACGGGAGGCCACAUCGCCACCCUGGCGUGGACCAUGCGGGUCGUGUACGGCAUGGGCCCAGACGACGUGUGGUGGACCGCCUCGGACAUCGGCUGGGUGGUGGGCCACUCGUACAUCUGCUACGGCCCGCUCGUCUACGGCAUCACCUCCGUCAUGUACGAGGGCAAGCCCGACCGCACCCCCGACGCCAGCCAGUAUUUCAGGCUCAUCCACGAGCACCAGGUGAGCGGGCUGCUGACUGCGCCGACUGCGCUCAGAGUCAUCAGGCGCGAAGACCCGGAGACGAAGGCCGGCAAGAAGUACUGCACUGACUCGCUGAGGCACCUCUUUGUCGCAGGAGAACAUUGUGACAACGAAACGAAAUCUUGGGCGGAGAAAACCUUUAAGGUGCCCGUGCUGAACCACUGGUGGCAGACCGAGACGGGCCACGCCAUCACAGCCUCCUGCGUGGGGCUGGACCACAGCAGCAGCCCGCCCAAGUUCUCCGCAGGGAUGCCCUUCCCGGGCUACGACGUGAGGGUGCUGAGGCCAGACGGCAGCAGAGCCGGCGCGCACGAGAUUGGUCGGAUCGUGGUGAAGCUGCCCCUGCCUCCGGGGACCAUCAGCUGCUUGUACAAUGCUCCAGAGAGGUUCAAACAGAUCUACUUCUCCACCUACCCAGGCUACUACGACACGAUGGACGCGGGCUACAUCGACGAGUUCGGCUACGUGUACGUAACGGCGCGGGACGACGACAUCAUCAACGUGUCGGGUAUCCGCCUGUCCACGGCACUGCUGGAGGACGUGGUGCUAGGGCACCCGGACAUCGGCGACGCGACGGUCAUCGGAGUGCCAGAGCCGACCAAGGGGGAGAUCCCGCUGUGUCUGUACGUUGUCAAGAAGGGCACCAACAAGACCGAGCAGCAGCUCACCAAAGAGCUGACCACACUCGUGCGGGAACAAAUCGGCCCCAUCGCAUCCAUCAACCGAGCAGCGGCAGUGAGUGGCCUGCCUCGCACGCGGUCAGGCAAGACCGCCAGGAAGUCCAUCUCUGACCUGGCGAGGAACAAGUUUGUGAAGAUCUCAGGAACAAUAGAAGACCCAUCCGUGUACAAGGAUGUCAAGAGAGCUCUGCAAACUCUAGGUUACGCUAGAAUGGCCCCAGAUCCUCAGUGAGAAAACUGACUUCACUACUGUUUUCUUUCCCCCACCUUUCAUAAUAUUCCCUUCUUUUUUUUUUUCUAACACCCGGCCAUUAACAUAUUGACAAGUGUUAUAGCUUGCUGCAUUUUUUCUGGUAGCCAAUUCUAGAGUGUUUUCGAAUGUAGAUAUUUACAGUUCUUGUUUAAUAUUGUGCAUACUUUUUAUUUGCUGUUGAAAGAAAAUCAUUCAAUAAAUAAUUUUAUAAUUGUGAUUGUUUAUAAUACUUUACACGACAACCUUAAGGUAAAGAGGUGCUAGUAACUUCUGAUGUUCCUGCAAUGAUAUCAAGUGAUGAAUUUUAGAGUGUUGGUUUAAGCAUAGUACCAAGAUAAUGGAUCACUACUGCUACUGUAUUUAUUUUACCAUAUAUAUUAGUACUCAGUAACUUGAUCUAUGUAUAAUAAAACAAUAUUUACAUACAUCAUAAA